AUGUUUCGCGAUCCGGUCCUGCGGCGGACCGUCGAUGAUGGGGAGGAGCAUUCGCGAGGAGAAAGAAAGCCGCCAGGGCACCAAGGGGAACCUACGCCAGCAGCUUACCACAGAUCGCCGACACAGGCAGGCCAACCAUACCAACACCAUUCGCCAAACACACCAGCGCCCUUGCCUCUCCACCAAAACCUGCACCAUCCCCAUCCACACCCUCAUCCUCCACAACACUCUCCCAACACCACCGAGCUGCCGCCCAUCAGCACGGCCCUCUAUUCUCGCGACACGUCCAGAUACUACGACCCGACCUCUGACAAUGGAGAGCGAGGUGUAGCCAGGGACCCGGCGCGUUACGACUCCACUACCAACACCCAAUAUCCUGCACAGACUCGGUCGGCACAAUCCCCCUACGACAAGGUCUAUCAGUCACCCGUCACGACCACAUACGCUCAUCACUCGCCGCUGCAGCGCCCCCAUUCGCAACACCAGCACGUCGGCAGUAUGGAGGCCAUGUCUCACUCUCCCGUGUCGCCCUCGGUCUAUCAGUCGAUGAACCGAGGAGCCGUACAGCCGCCACCGGACUACGCGAGGAGGCCGUCCUUCAAGGAGGAGGCACCGCCGCAAACGCAAACGCGUGCCGACCCCAUGUCACUCUCGAGCAUAAUGUCCUCCGGCGCCGACAACGAACCUCCUCCCAAGGCUCAGCCACCCCUUCCCCUCGCCGCUGAUGCGUAUCAGACAUCAACACCUCUGCCAACCUCUCACUUUGUCAAGCAAGAAGCAAUGCCUUCCCCAGCGCCUGCUGAUUUACCCCAUCAGGAAAAUGGGUAUGCUCCGCGAGGAUAUGAUGCAAUGCCGCCGGUCGGUACCAUACAACCCCCGCUGCAGUCCGCAACUCGCGAAUUGCCUGCGCCAGACGAAGCCGAAAUUGAGGCAGCCCUGGCACACAUCGAGACAAAGCAGAUGAGCGACAUCGACGAAUCAGCCACCCCACGCGAUCUCGAAGACUUCAAACAGAGGAGCCAAAAGCGUCUUCUAGAAGUCGGAGCUGCGGAGGCGAAUAAGCGCAAGAAGCGACGCACUGCUUUCUUAACACGCUAUCAAGACGUGUCCGCUGCCCACCGCGAUUACGCAAAGCAUUCAUACAACGUCGAACACGAGGGCGAUGCAUGGCAACAAGUUCAGAGCCAGGAGAUCGCUGAAGAGAAGGAGCGCAAGAAGGACAUGCAGCGCAAGCGAAGGCGGGAGAAGACCAUACAGAACGAGGAAGCUAAGCGGGCAGAAGCUUUGGCAAAGGCAGGUCAGGCUGAGAACGAGGAAGAAAAGGAACGACACCUGCUGGCUGCACAGAAGGCCGAGCGCAAGGCCAAGACUACCACUCAGCUUCUGCAAGGUAAUGCCCCUAGCAAGGACAUCCGCGAGGUCACUCCACAUGGACCGAAUAUGGAGGGAGGUACUAUGAGCUCCUUCCAAGCCUCGGAUGACCUCGCAGGUGGAAAGCGCAAGGGCAACCGCGGCACCGGGCGUCUUAAGAAGAGCAAGGAGCAAAAGCAGGCCGAAAAGGAUGCUGCCGCAGCCGGUCAGGCCGCUAUCGACCGUGGAGACGAUCUUCCUGUGAUCGCGCCGCGCGAGGAAGCACGCCUUGACUCUCUACGCGGCCGUAGCUAUACAGAGGACCUUGGCCCUGUUGUCUUGACUUCCUACGACUCGUCCGUAUACCGUAACCUCUACCACCAGAUCGUCAAAGACUUGGCUCGCAAGGAUGUUCCCAAGGUUGUCCGCAUCAAGGAGAACUCGUUGUCGACAAAGCAAUCGAACCUCCGAAAGACCGCCCAACUGGCCGCGAAGGAGGCUCGCCGAUGGCAGAUGCGUACAAACAAAAACCAGAAGGACACGCAAGCUAGGGCUAAGCGAGGUAUGCGUGAGAUGCUUGCUUUCUGGAAGAGAAAUGAACGUGAUGAGCGCGAAUCUCGAAAGAAUGCCGAGCGUCAAGAGUUGGAGAAUGCGAAGAAGGCUGAAGCCGAUCGUGAAGCAAACCGACAGAAGCGGAAGCUGAACUUCCUUAUCUCACAGACUGAACUUUACUCUCAUUUCAUCGGAAAGAAGGCCAGGACAGAUGAGAUUGAGCGCUCGACCGAUGAUGCCGACGCUGCUGCAGCUGAUCCACAAGCAGCAGCCAAGCCUAGCAUCGAUGUUGGAGAGAUGUCUGCGGAAGGAGGCGCCAAGGUCACCAACUUCGAGGAUCUCGACUUCGACAACGAAGAUGAGACCGCCCUCAACGCAGCUGCCAUGGCGAAUGCCCAACAUGCUAUUCAACAAGCUCAAGACCGUGCCCGCGCCUUCAAUAAAUCUGGCGACGACGAAGAAGAUGGCGAAAUGAACUUCCAGAACCCGUCUGGUCUACAGAACAAGGAAGACUGGAUUCCCCAACCAGGUCUUCUCAAUUGUACGCUCAAGGAGUACCAAUUGAAGGGUCUGAACUGGCUCGUAAACUUGUACGAACAAGGUAUCAACGGUAUUCUUGCUGAUGAGAUGGGUCUUGGAAAGACAGUCCAAUCGAUAUCGGUCAUGGCAUAUCUUGCUGAGAGAUACAAUAUCUGGGGACCCUUCCUUGUCAUCGCGCCCGCAUCGACACUUCACAAUUGGCAACAGGAAAUCACGAGAUUUGUGCCAGAUCUGAACGUCAUCCCCUACUGGGGUACCGCGAAGGACCGGAAGAUUCUCCGUAAACUCUGGGAUAGAAAGCACGUUACAUACACCCGCGACUCUCCCUUCCACGUUGUUGUCUCCUCGUACCAGUUGGUCGUUCAGGAUGCACAAUACUUCCAGAAGAUGCGUUGGCAAUACAUGAUCCUCGACGAGGCUCAAGCCAUCAAAUCCUCGCAGAGCUCUCGAUGGAAGAGUCUACUCGGUUUCCAUUCUCGUAACAGGCUACUGCUGACGGGUACACCUAUCCAGAACAACAUGCAGGAACUUUGGGCUCUUCUUCAUUUCAUCAUGCCCAGCUUGUUCGACUCUCACGACGAAUUCAGCGAGUGGUUCUCCAAGGACAUUGAGAGUCACGCACAGAGUAACACCAAGCUCAACGAAGAUCAACUGCGGCGACUGCAUAUGAUCUUGAAGCCAUUCAUGUUGCGUCGUGUCAAGAAGCAUGUGCAGAAGGAGCUUGGAGACAAGAUCGAGCUUGACGUCUACUGCGACCUGACAUACCGACAGCGUGCUUACUACGCCAAUCUCCGUUCAAAGAUCAACAUCAUGGAUCUAGUCGAGAAGGCAGUCGGAGACGAGCAGGAUAGUGCAACCCUCAUGAACUUGGUCAUGCAGUUCAGAAAGGUCUGCAACCACCCCGAUCUGUUUGAGCGAGCCGAUACCUGGUCACCAUUCUCUUUCGCCUCUUUCGCCGAAACUGCCUCUUUCCUACGCGAAGGCCAAAAUGUCAGGAUAGGAUACUCUACACGCAACUUGAUCGAGUACCCUUUGCCACGACUUGUGGGCCGUGAGGGUGGCCGGCUAGAGCUUGCUGGACCAGACAACCAGAAGGCUGGCUUCAAGGGACGCUACCUAGACAAUCUGAUGAAUGUAUGGAGCCCUGACAACAUCGCCCUAUCUGCCAAGGAAGCUGGUGCCUUCUCGUGGCUCCGCUUUUCUGACUUGUCCGCCACUGAGGCUUCAAGAAUCGCCAAGAGCGGUCUCUUCCAGCGAGCUCUCGCUGCCGAGCAGAAGCCAAACAAGGUUGGCCGUUUUAACGUGUUCUACGACAAUGACAACGGCGAAUGGGAGCCGAAGCAUUCGAUGUUGAACAUUGUUGAUCGCCAGGAUCGCGCCCCUCUAGCUGAGAUCACAGCCGAGGGACAUAUGCAGGGUCUCUUCAACGUUGCCAGGACAGCUUUCGAGAAGACAGGCUUGAAUGUCAUUGAGCCUUGUGCCAAGCCAAAGGCAUCUGCGCCUCCAGUCGAGCUGUACUGUGCUAGCCAGGGUGUCAUCGCAGAGACCCAGAGCCUCUUCUUCAAUGCUCCUAUCCGUUCCGCACUCUUCGGUGUUUCGGAGGCGACUGAGCAAGCUCUGCUGGAAAGCAAGAAGGAGAGCUCUAGUUUGACUGUCAGUAACAGGCUACCACCGCCUACCAACGAGCGGACGCGAUUCACUCAUAUCGAAGCACCGUCCAUGUCGCGCUUCGUUACCGACUCUGGCAAGCUGGCUCAGCUAGAUGCAUUGUUGAAGGAGUUGAAGGCAAAUGAUCAUCGCGUGUUGCUGUACUUCCAGAUGACUAGGAUGAUGGAUCUGAUGGAGGAGUACUUGACGUACAGGAAUUACAAGUACUGCCGUCUUGACGGAUCCACUAAGCUGGAGGACCGCCGUGAUACGGUUGCCGACUUCCAGAGCGACCGUUCCAUCUUCGUCUUCCUCCUAUCAACCCGUGCUGGUGGUCUCGGUAUCAACCUGACAUCAGCCGACACAGUCAUCUUCUACGACUCGGAUUGGAAUCCUACCAUUGAUUCGCAAGCUAUGGACCGUGCUCAUCGUCUCGGACAAACACGACAGGUCACUGUUUACAGACUGAUCACCCGCGGGACUAUCGAAGAACGUAUCCGCAAGCGUGCCCUCCAGAAGGAAGAAGUGCAGCGCGUCGUUAUCUCUGGAGGCGGUGGUGCUGGAGUUGAUUUCAACACCCGCUCCAGGGAGAACAGGACCAAGGACAUGGCCAUGUGGCUCGUCGACGAUGACCAGGCUGCCGAGAUCGAGAAGAAGGAGGCAGAGUUGGCCGAGCAAGAGAAGAAUGCUCCGCCAGGCAAGAAGCGCAGCAAGAAGAAGCAACGGGCGGAGGCUAACCUCGAUGACAUGUACCACGAGGGCGAAGGACACUUUGACGAGAGCGCAAAGGCAAGUGGUGCCGCUACACCCAUCGCACCCACUGAAGCGCCUGCGGGCGGCAAGCGUAAGAAGGGUGGGUUGAGUAAAAAGGCGAAGACAGCUAAGCAGCGCCUUGCUGUCGCUGACGGAGAGGUAUAA